AUGGCCAACCAAACCCUAUCGCCGGUGGUGGACCGGACUGGUAGAACACGGCUACGCGAUUCGCUCGAGAAGGCAAAGAGAGGCGAGGGACCGAGUAUAGGGCAAUGGCUUGAAUUUCCUGGGUACUCACUGGCCAAAACGGUAGCGCGGUUGGGGGCAGACUGGGUCCUCAUUGAUACGGAACAUGGCAACAUAACCGACAACGAGAUGGCACUUCAGAUCGGGGCUGUUUCAUCAUCUGGGGUGUCGCCUGUUGAACAAGCCGAAGGGAUUGUACGGUGUUGCAAGUACCUAUCCGCCAGCUGGCCGCAGGGCCUCCGCCCCGUCGGCGCCAUGUUCGCCCCUCCUGCGUUCAACCAGACAGACCGAGAGUACUUACUGAGCGCCAACGAUAAUGUCAUGGUUUGCGUGCAAAUUGAGAGUCGGAAGGCCGUGGAGAACAUCGAGCAGAUAGCUAGUGUGGAGGGCAUCGACAUGCUUUUUAUCGGACCCAAUGACCUUGCAGCGUCCAUGGGAUACGUAGCUGCCGAUCACGCGUCGAUUCCCGAGGUGCAAGAGGCCAUCGCACACGUGCUCAAGACCGGUCUCGCAGCCGGAAAGUACGUCGGACAUUUUGCGCUCAGCGCCGAAGAGGCGGCCGAGCGGGUCAGGCAGGGGUUCCACUUUGUCAACUGCGGCGCCGACAUCGUAGCUCUUACAGCAUGGAUGACGAGUGAGAUGGGAAAGCUGAAGCACCUGGUUGCUGGGGAUAUGAAACGAUUUAAAAAGGAAAGCCUCAACGGCGCAGACACUUAG